AUGCCGUAUAGCGUGCUUCACGACGAACUGCUGCUGGGAUCUCUGCACUGGAACGAAUUAGAAGAUGUGCACUUGCUCCCAGUGGAACCACGGCGGGAUCUUCGGAAGCAUGGCCUGCUUAAUUUGGAUGCCAUGGACAGCACGUUGUUCUACCGGUCGUUCAGGUUCGAGAAAUCGGACCUGGACGAUCUUCUGACCGGCCUCCUGAUUCCAGAAGAGGUACAGAGUGCUCAACGGGUUCGAGUUCCUGGCCGCGAGGCGCUGUGCAUGACGCUGCGGCGUCUCGCCUAUCCGAACCGCUUGUGUGAUCUGGAGGUGUUCUUCAGCCGCCACAGUUCGGUGAUAUCGAGUGUGGUGUCUAAAGUUUUAUCUCACAUUGAAUACUACUUUGGACACCUCCUAGCGGACCUCACGGCGCACAGGUGGCUCAACCUACAAAACCUGGAGCUGUUUUCCCAGGCCGUUCACCGGAAAGGCGCUCCACUGAAGAACUGUUGGGGUUUCAUUGAUGGCACAGCGCGACGAAUUUGCAGACCAUCAGUUGGACAGCAGGAUCACUUCUCUGGCCACAAACGGCAUCACGUGCAAAAAUAUCAAGCCGUGAUGUGCCCCAAUGGCUUGGUAUGCCAAAUGGAUGGACCAUUUCAUGGUCGGCGCCACGAUGCUGGAAUCUUGAAGAAGACGGCCCUCUACCAGAACCUGGAGAAAGUCGCCCAAGGCCAUGAAUAUGUUAUCUAUGGCGACCCAGCCUAUCCACUCCGGCCCCUGCUCCUUAAGCCUUUUGGAGGCGCAUCAUUGCAGCCCUACGAGGCUCAUUUCAACAAGCGCAUGAGCACUGUGCGGCAGGCUGUGGAAUGGGGGUUUGGCAAGGUGGCAGCGGACUUCGCAUUCGUUGAUUUCCACAAAAAUCAAAAAAUGACUCUGCAGAGGGUGGGGCGAAUGUAUAAAGUUGCAACAUUGCUGUCCAACUGCCGUACUUGCAUGUAUGGCAGUCAAGUGUCUAGAUACUUUGGCAUUGCACCACCCUCUUUCAGAGAAUAUCUGGUACCUUCUGAAUAAGUUGCCCGAGAUAGUGUAUUACAGAUUCGAUUGCGCAACAUUUUGACGGCACACACAGAAGAGAAACACACUACA